AAUUACAUAAUUCAUACCAUAUCAUGAACAAAACCCCAUAAUCUACAUGCCUCUAUCCAGGGAGGUAGAAAAUAUGCUGGGGAUAGGGAAAUCGGAUACCAGAAAUUUCGAGUCACUUUGCUCCGGAGUCCGUCACGUGGUGGCGGUACCGUUCCCGGGCCAGGGCCACAUCAACCCCAUGAUGCACCUCUGCAAGCGACUUGCAUCCAAAGGUGCAGCCAUAAGCUUUGUGGUCACAAAAGAAUGGGUUGGGUUCAUGUCGGGUCAGCCGAUUCCACCAAAUGUUCGACUUUGCCCAAUACCAAAUGUUAUACCCUCAGAGCUGAAUCGAAGCGCAGAUUGGACCGGAUUCAUUGAAGCCGUGAGCACAAAGAUGGAGGAGCCAUUCGAGCGGCUUCUAGUUGGAUUGUUAGAGACGGAGGAACGGCCGGUUUCCGUUGUUAUUGUUGACGUCUUCAUGCCGUGGGCGGCUGAUGUGGCAGAAAGAAGGGGUAUUCCGGUGGCUGUGCUUUUCCCUAUGGCGUCAGCGAUCUUCUCCAUCUACUACCACUUUGAUCUCCUCUUUUCAAAAGGCCAUUUUUCCGGCAGCUCCACUGUAAGCCAAGAAGAACAUGUCGACUACCUACCCGGCGUUUCUUUGACACGCAUACUUGAUCUUCCGCACGUGGGUGGGAGAGAGGAGGCACAACAAAGAGCAAGGUGUCUGCAGUUCUUCCAACAAUUUCAGCAAGUCAACUUCAUCCUGAUCUACUCCUUCUAUGAGCUCGAGAGUCCAACGAUCGAUGCCUUACAUGCAUUACUCCCACGUGGCCACAUUUUUCCUGUCGGUCCCUUGAUCCCCUUACCCCAAGAAAAUGAAUUCAAGACGAAUGCUAGACCAGAGGUUGACUGCUCCUCAUGGCUAGACUCACAACCUCAUGGCUCCACUCUCUAUGUUUCACUAGGUAGUCUCGUGACUGUCCCGGAUAGACAAAUGAUGGAGCUGGCCUUCGGACUUAUUGAGAGCGAAAUCCGAUUCAUUUGGGUAGCUCGAGAUCCUACGAGGAAUUUAAGAGACAUGUGCAAGGACAAUGGCCUAGUAGUUACUUGGUGUUCUCAAUCUAAGGUCUUGAGGCAUCCAUCCAUAGGGGGUUUCUUAACACAUUGUGGGUGGAAUUCUACCAUGGAAGCUGUACUGGCUGGUGUACCAAUGCUAACUUUCCCGAUUAAUUUCGACCAACCAAUGAAUAGUAAGCUAGUUACAGAUGAUUGGAAGGUUGGGCUGAGGGUUAGAAGUGGACCAAUGGGUGAAAAUGAAUUGGUCGGUAGAGGAGAAAUUGCUAGCCUUGUGAGAAGGCUCUUUGACGGAGAAGAAAGCAAAGAAAUGAGGAGGAGGAUUGAGAAGCUUAAGGAGGCUGGUCUAAAGACCUUUGAAAGGGGCGGAUCAUCAGACAUUAGCUUAAAUGCUUUCCUCGAGUCAUUAGAUUGUUGAUAUCGAUCGAUUUGCUUUAAAAAUCAGUGUAUUUUGUUU